UGCUUUUAAGUUAGUCUGUAAUAUGAAACACAAUAAAGAGCUUAUCAGUUUUGUUUAUUUUUUUAACCUAAGCCAGAAAAGACGUCCCGUUUACAUGAUUUUCUAAUCCUUAAAGUUUAGGUUAAUUUCAUUACGCUAUCCGUGGUGCUGAGAAUGCAGAAGUGAAAAAGAAAGAUAAAGGAAGUCAUUGCUGUGUUGCCUUGAACCAGAGGUCUGUUUCUACGCCCCCAGAGUGUAAUUUACACACACUCAACCUCUCCGAGAGCUUCAUUCACCGCCUGUAAGAGACAGGAGCCGCAUCACAACUUGCAAACAACAAAAAAACAAAAAAAUCCCGCACACAGGACUGAGGUGUAAAGAUGGGAGUUGGUGUCUUUAACAUGACCGACUACAGUUACUCUGAAAUGGACGGACAACAGGGCAAUUUGUUCCCGAGGAGGUCAUGAUGAAUUUCCAAAGAGGUAUAAGUGUACAGUCAGACCCAGGAAACAUGGACUCUAACUUAAGUCUUGCUGCAUGCUUCAGCUAUGCCAAUAAGACAAAUCCAUAUGUGGAAUGUCCUUUCAACCCGGCAGUGGUGGUGCUCCUGAUUCUGGGACUAAGCUUUUUGAGUCUGAUAACAGUUAUCGGCAAUGUUCUCGUCAUUGUCUCCAUCAAGGUCAAUAAAAGCCUCCAGACAGUAAAUAACUGUUUCCUCUUCAGCUUAGCAUGCGCAGAUCUCAUCAUCGGAGUGUUUUCCAUGAACCUCUAUACAAUCUACAUUGUGAAUGGAUUCUGGCCUUUAGGGCCUAUCAUAUGUGACUUGUGGUUAGCCCUCGACUAUGUGGCAAGCAACGCUUCUGUCAUGAACCUCCUCAUCAUCAGCUUUGACCGCUACUUCUGUGUCACCAAGCCGCUUAGCUACCCAGUCAAAAGGACAAGCAGGAUGGCGGGCAUGAUGAUCGCAGCUGCAUGGGUCUUGUCUUUUGUCCUGUGGGCACCAGCCAUCCUCUUCUGGCAGUUCAUCAUUGGUAAACGCAAAGUACCCAAAGGCAAAUGUGAGAUUCAAUUCUUUUCUAAUGCUGUGGUCACAUUUGGCACAGCUAUCGCCGCAUUCUACCUGCCUGUGGUCAUCAUGAGUGUGCUGUACUGGCAGAUCUCUAAGGCAAGCCGCAGCCGUGUCAGGAGGAGAGACUGUCAGAAAAUUUCUGGAAGUAGUCAGGAAGGCAGGACUCAAGCCACUGUCUUGGCCUCUGAGGAGAACAGAGAGAUGAAGGAAAGCAAGGAAGAAGAUGGUUUGCAAGUUCGGCACACUGGUUCCAGCACUAUGAUAGGUGAGGACAGGGAGAGUGAGAAUGACUCCACAUCAGGCACCUCAUUCAAUCAGAGAGAGGAUGUGGUUUCUAACGGUGAUGCAAAGAGCACUCCAACGAAGAGAGUAAGAGCAAGCCAUGCAAAACUAACAUGUUUGGAAAUUUCAUCACAAGAGACCAUGGGAAAUCAGAACACCAGCCAUCAUAAGGAGAGGCAGGGUCUGGUGGCGCUGAUCUUCAUGCCUCCAAACAAGAAAAAGAGGAAGAACGGGUGCUCCAGAGAGAGGAAGGUUGCAAGGACCAUCACGGCUAUUCUUCUGGCCUUUGUGAUCACAUGGACCCCGUACAAUGUCAUGGUGUUGAUCAACACUUUCUGUUCUGACUGCAUCCCUAGCUUCAUGUGGGCUCUGGGUUACUGGCUGUGCUACAUCAACAGCACGGUUAACCCCGCCUGCUACGCCCUGUGCAACGCCACCUUCAAGAACACCUUCAAGCAACUGCUGUUGUGCAAGUACAAAAACAUUCGCACAGUCAGAUAAAACCUGAAGCUGAGUUUAAUGUAAGAUUUUGGUUCCAUAUCCAAAAGACAGUUUUUUUAACAGUAAUGGGCAUUAAUAUGCACUCCACACACACCAGGAAAGGGACACAUCACAUUCAAGUCACGCUCAGUAUACAGCUAAACAGAGCUGAAAAGCUGGAGGUACCCCGCGGAGACAAUUACAGCUUUGUAAAGGUUGUGUCAUUGUUUAUUGAGUCCAAAUAUCAUUACCAAAAAAGGAGAGAAAACAAACCAUUUAAGAUCAUAAAGGAACCAGAAUAGACAGAACAAUUUAUCCUGGUUAGGGUCAGGGCGGGAUCGGAGUCUAUCCCAGGACUGCUGGAUAUGAUGGAGGGGACCAUCGUGGAGAAUACACAUAGACAUGAAGAGAACAUGCACAGGUGGUAACCUGAGUUUAGGAUGGAACCGGGGAAGGCUGAGAGGCUGUAAUGCUACACACUGCACCGCUACACUCCACACACUUAUUCAUUAAUAAAGACUCUGAAGCUUUUAGCUAAUGCAUGGGAUGUAGUGUAGUACUAUUCUCAGAUAAAAGUCUGCUGAUUAAUAAAGAACACCCUGCUUUGCUCUAUGAUCUAAUGCAUACAGUAUUUACGGUUGUGUCUCUAAUGUCUGUGAAAAAUAAACAGCUUCAGUCAGUGUUAUCAGAGAAUUCUAUCUGAACUGUUGUGGCUAAAUACAUCCAAGACUUUAAUUUUAUGAUUCGGGCCUCAUUCAUUAAGCUACUAUAGACAUCAGUGCACGUAUUCAACAAGUGAAACUCGAGGCCAACAGCGUCAACAGUCUAGUGUCUCUUGUUGCUUAUCUGUAUAGUAGAAAUACCCUUAAAAUAUACUUCAGACAUGAAGGAAGCUAUUGAAGAAAAUUUCAGAGAUCUGACCUUGCAUAUUUGACUCUGUUUGGAUCAGUUCCAAAAAUCAUAGAUUUUUCAUCAAUUAUGAUAUUAUGAUGACAAAUCAUCAUCAAUUAUGAUAAUCAUAAUUAAACAGAAACCCUACCAAUAUUUAACCACCUGUUCUUGAGAUAUUAUGAUAAAUAUAAUGCAUCCUAAACUCUCUGGCUGAGGCGUAAAAAAUAGUCACAAGAAAUGUGUUAUUCUUCAAAGUACAGAUUUUUAUUUUAAAAAUAUAUAAUUAAAAAAUUAUACCGUUAUAUGUAAGGAGACUCACUGAUGUGAAUGCUCAUUGAUUUUUAUAUUUUGUGAAUUAUGGUGAUCGUGGAGUUUAAAAUCACUCAGAGGAGUUUUAUGUUAAUUCUAGUUGUCUUUUUGCCUCCUUUUUGGCCAGGUCACUCUAAGUUUCAUAUUGCUGUAUUAUAAAAAGCAAUCCAAAAUAAAUCCAUUAAGACAAAUAAAAACAGCCUUUUAAAUCAAAUGGCAUGCUAUAAGAGGAGGAGGUGUGUUUGUGGACGCCUCAUUCAAUCUGAAAGAGGAUGCGGUUUCUAACGGUGAUGUUAAGAGCACUCCAAUGAAGAGAGUAAGAGCAAGCCAUGCACAACUAACUUGUUUGGGAAUUUCAUCACAAGAGACCAUGGGAAAGAGUGCACAUCAGAACACCAGCUAUCAUAAGGAGAGGCGGAGUCUGGUGGCACUGAUCUUCAUGCCUCCAAACAAGAAAGAUGAGAGAGAGGAAGGUUACAUGGACCAUUCUGGCCUUUGUCAUCACAUGGACCCCGUACAAUGUCAUGGUGUUGAUCUGUUCUGACUGCAUCCCUAACUUCAUGUGGGCUCUGGGUUACUGGCUGUGCUACAUCAACAGCAUGGAUAACCCCGCCUGCUACGCCCUGUGUAACGCCACCUUCAAGAACACCCUCAAAAAAAAUCUGAUCAGCUCAUCUGCUUGUGAUAAUCAUAAUUAAAUAGAAAUCCUACAGAUAAUUAACACCUGUUCUUGAGAUAUUCUGAUAAAUAUAAUGCAUCCCACAUUCUCUAACUGAAGCGUAAAA